AUGAUAUUGACAAAGUCCGACACUCUUCGCAUUGCAUCGGCCUCCGGAUCGGUGACAGACCGACGCCAUGGACUAGCAGAGCUGGCUCGAGACGAAGAUCUUCACUUCAUUGUGGGAGAUUGGAUGUCUGAGUAUAAUAUGACAACUCGAGGCGGAGCAAAAGUGAAAACAAAUCAACAGUCAUCAGAGUUCGAAACUUCGUUCAUGGAAUCGAUUGAACCCGCAUUGGAUAGUAUCUCUACCCGAAAGAUCAAAGUUGCUGUGAAUGCGGGAGCCAGUGAUACAAAGAAGCUCCAUGAUAUUCUUGUCAAGGCCAUACAUAACAAAGGUCUCGACCUCAAGGUUGCGUGGAUUGAGGGAGAUGAAGUUUGCGAACUCCUUCAGGACGCGAUUAAAGCGGGUGAACAGUUUACCAACCUUACAACUGGGCAGAAAUUGUCUGACUGGGAAUUCGAUCCAAUCUAUGCCCAAUGUUAUCUUGGGGCAUGGGGCAUCGUUGAGGCUUUCAACCAAGGAGCCGAUAUUGUACUUUGUGGACGAGUGACAGAUGCCUCUCCCACGAUUGCCUGUGCGGCUUACCAUUACCAGUGGAGCAGACAAGAUUUCGAUGAGCUUGCCCAUGCCUUUGUGGCUGGACAUUUCCUCGAAUGCUCUACAUAUGUCACUGGUGGUAACUUUUCUGGCUUCAAGUCCUUACCUGGCUCUGUGGUCGACAUUGGCUUCCCGAUCAUUGAGAUAAAUGCGAGAGGUGACUUUAUUGUAACGAUCCAGAAGGGCAAAGAUGGCAUGGUUACCGAGAAUACCUGCAAGGCUCAACUUCUAUACGAGAUUCAAGGUCCCCUCUACUAUAAUCCUGAUGUCGUGGCUAUACUGGAUGACAUAGUCAUCAAGGAAGAGGGUGUCAAUCGUGUCCAUGUCUCCAAUCUUAAGAGCAUCAAACCACCCCCGACAACGAAGAUUGGCAUUACGGCACUCGGUGGCUUCCAAGCUGAGGUCCACUAUUUUCUUUGUGGCUUAGAUAUCGAAGAGAAGGCUGCUUUGCUUGAGAAGCAGAUCCGUCACCUCCUUGACGAAUCGCUGUAUCACACUCUGAUCUUCCGAACAACCGGGUCUUGCGCAUCUGAUCCUUCCAGCCAAGACGCAGCGACCGUGGAAGUGCGAAUCUUUGCUCAAUCACGCCCAGAAAGUGCUCUCGCACCAGAAAGGUUCUUCCGACCUUGCACAGACACAAUUAUGCAGAGCUACCCAGGGGCAACAUUUGCCGUUGAUACGCGUCAGGGUGCUCCAAAGCCUUACUACGAGUAUUUCGUUUCCAUAUUUCCGCAAGAUCGGAUGCGUCACAUUUGUCAUGUUCCCUUUAACAACAAGCAAAUUGGAAUUCCCCCUCCGUCGGAUACUGUUCCAUUUUCGCUUGAGCAGUCGUCAUACGAGACCAACGCUCCAUUCGAUCUGGGGGUGUUUGGCCCAACCACUCGAGCACCACUGGGCUACGUGGUUCACGCCCGAUCUGGUGAUAAAGGGUCCGAUGCUAAUGUAGGAUUUUUUGUUCGCCAUGCCGACGAAUGGGAUUGGCUGCGCACUGUUCUCAAAGUUGACAAAAUUCGGACAUUGCUCGGCAAAGAUGAUGUAGGAAACAAGAUCUUCCGCUUUGAAUUGCCGAAUAUUUGGGCUGUUCAUUUUCUUUUGAAGGAUCACUUGGAUCGCGGCGUGGCAUCGAGUUCCACUUAUGAUGUCCUUGGCAAGAAUGUAGCGGAAUACCUUCGGUGCAAAUACGUCGACAUUCCCGACAAGUUCUUGGCUCGCGGAAGGAUUUGA